GGCCCCAUUCGUUCGCCGGCAAACCGGAAGCAGGAGGCGAGAGGAGUUGAAGGCAGCGGCGGCGGCGUCGGAGUCGUCUCCGAACAACACAAAACUACAAAGUUCCAUCGCUCGCCAUCCGCGUCCUUUAAACGCCAACCCGGACUCCGCGAGCCCCUCACGCCCUCUCCCACCCCCUCUUCCGUCUCGCCAUGGCCUCGUAUCGGGCGGCUGACUCGAAGCGGGAGGAGUUCCGUAGGUACCUGGAGAAGUCGGGCGUUCUGGACGCGCUCACGAAAGUGCUCGUUGGUCUGUACGAGGAGCCAGACAAACCCAACAAUGCCCUGGACUUCCUGAAGCAGCACCUGAGCUCUGCGGGCCCCGAGGGGGCCGAUGUAGAGGCCCUGCGCCUCGAGGCCUCCGAACUGCGCCUCAAGUUGGACUCCCUGGCCGAAGAGAACCGGGAGCUCAAGGGCAAGCUGGCUCGCUACGAAGCGGUGGCGGACGAGGGGCGCACGGAGUAGAGAGGGGGGGGGGGUGGAGGACGCAAGGCACUGGGGAAUGCACACACAAACAUAGACACACAGUCACGCACUCGCUCACACAGAGACACACACAGACACACACUAAUACACACACACUCACACCUAGACACACACACACGUGCACGCACACACUCUCGCGCACACUCA